AGAUAACCUAAACGGGAUUGUCACCGAUGAUCCCGCGGUAAACCCAUAGACUGAGCUUUAGUCGGUCGGCUCUACAACGGUCGCCACAACGCUGCCGUCAUGACACUGCACUGGUGGAUGCACUGGUUCUGGGUCACAUCGCUGCUCAUGUUGCUCGAGAGCAGCGGCCGAGCCCUAGCUGCGCCCCAAUCAGAAGAGCUUCAGCAUAUAACCACAGACGUAGAGACCGACCUUAGAAGACAAAUGGACCGGCAGGGCCGGGCCAUGUACUACACGAAGACCCCCUCCCUCACCACCGCCAAAACACCCGCCCUCAACACCAGCACCAACCAAACCGACAAAGAACUCGACACGGCUAAUGUCACAACUGACAAUUCAACAGUAGAAAUCGCCCACCCGUCCAUACAAUGGAUACCAACCAACGCUUCGGACCUGACUUUUAAUGAUACUUCCACUCCAAGUAACGUCACCGUAACCAACGCUACUGUGGUCUCAUCGAAUGCAACCGAAGAGCAGAAUGCAACGUUUACUUCAAAGAAACGCAAUUUGACGAGACUUGAUUUCGUCAAAGACGAUACGAGUCUCGAAGGCGCUUCGGAGAGCAGGAUAGUGACCGAGAAACCUCUGUCUCUUGAGACUGCGUUCGUGCAGACGCGUAUUCCGCCUAACGUUGAGUCUUCCCGGAGGAUAAAGGACCCUGGGGAAGGUGACAUGGACAUGGGAGCCAUUGCUGGCAUAUCGUUCGCUGCGCUUGUCCUAGCAGCGCUCGCUGGCAGCACAGCGUUCGUCCUGUACAGGCGACGGUACCUGAACAAACCUCAAACAUUGAAUGACAAGUGCUCCAAUCCGGACUCGAGUGGAUAUCUUGACGACAGUACUAUUCGGGACAACUCCGAGGAGAUGUACAGCCUUGACAACGACUCGUUCCUGAACUCCUUAGAGGCCAUGACCAUUCAGAACUACUGGACAGACACAGUGAAACACACGAAACUGUAGUGUUAGUAACUCCGUUGUGUAGCCAUCCGUGUUUUCGACUAAUAGUUUGAAUUUCCAAUUCGGAGUCUUGAAUCUAGAUUUAUUAUUAUUCUAAAAUAUGACCAAAGAGAAUAAACGUCAGGAUAUGACGUGAACCAUCUCAGCCCCCCUAGACAAAACGCACUUUUUGAUCGAAUCGAAAAUCGAAUCCGUCAAAACUCCAUACAAAAAAGGGGCUUUUCGACCACUUUGCGACUGGUUUGCGAUUAUAAUUUGCACUUUGUCUAGACCCGCAGGUUUAAUGUCUUGCAUUGUUGAAAUUCUACUUGAAUUUCUUGAGGAAAAUUAAUGAGCUUUGUAAGAUUAUUUAAACCUGAUAUUUACGUCAUUAGGUGUUAUUCUUUUGGAAAUGGUUCGUUACAGAUGGAAUGGAAAUAAAUAAAAGGUUCAGUCUGAUUUAGUUUUGACAUAAUCCAUUUUGUAACAAUAUUAAUAUUUAAAUAAUCUUUCUAGAUUUAGAUCAAGACUCUGGUGCGGAAUUCUCUCGGUGUUUACUGUAAAUGGAUUAGAAUGAAGAUUUUGACUUCGUAAUUUAAUGUGUAUCUACUAAGUAGGUUUGAAGGUACUUUGAGAAGUAUCUACGCAAUAUUAAUUGUAAUACCGGCCUAUUACAUAGUAAAAAUAUAAUAAUAUUUGAAUUUUUCGUCUUGAAAAUGACCAAAUAAUAAUUUAUUAUUUCGUCUUUUCAGUGAUUUUAUAAAAUUUAAUAUUACCACCUAUCAGGGAUUUGUUUAGAAUGGACUUGCCCAACAUGAAUAUUGUUUUCGUGACAAUAUCAAUGUUUUAUAUUAUAAAGUAUUUAACUUUAAAAGUUAAAUUACAAUAAAUAAUAUUUGUCUUGAUUAGAUGAAAGUAUUAAUUUAAAGAAUAUUAAUUGUUUUAAUUAAAGACGCAGAUGAAUGCAAUCAACAGUAAGAUAUUUAGAGGGUAAAGAUUAUAAAAUAUUUUGAUGAUACAUUUUAAUAAUAAUAAUUAAUUAAUGUAAUUCUUACUAAUUUAUCUUAGAGUGAAAUGAUUUGACACUAUUUUAAUAUGCGAACUUGUAAAUACAUGAUUGUUGUGAUAAUUUUCUUUUUAGAUUUAAGUUUUUAUGCGUUUUUUUAUUGCUGCACAUUAAUUUUAUCAUUUCUGCCUCAGCUUUAUGGGAAGUUAAUUUGUGGGGCAGAUUAUUUUUAGUUUUCUUUUUUAUACCAGUAAAAUUGAUAGUAGGUGAUGAUGUGAUCUCAUUGUGUAUCAAUCAUAUUUUAAUAAAUCCAGGAUUUUCUUGUUAAAGGUAUAGCACAUUUUUUUAUUUCACAUAGCAAAGAUAUAAAGGCAUGGGGCGUGUAUGGGACAUGUAAGAGGCGUAUGACAUUUGCAAACAUAUCUUUAUUUUUUGAAUUAGUACCACAGAAUAAUUAGUACCUACUACCAAAUCUCUCGCGUAGCAAAGUGCAAGCAUGGGGCAUGUAUCGGACAUGUAAGAGGCGUACGUCAUUUCUAUGAGGCGGGCGAAUGCGCGAAAUCAAAAGAAAUAAUCUUUAUUUGUGUGGACUAAUUGAAUUAGUACCACUGAAUAAUGAAGAAUGUUCACUAAUUUUGUUUUUUAGCUUUCUGUAUUCUCUGUUAAAAAUAAAAAAUACACGUGAAAGAAUUAUUUCGAUACGUCAAUUAGUUUCCAAGAUAUUGAAUUUUAAAAGUGCGGGCGGCGGCCGGCCCGCCAUUUUAUGCGCGUGACGUCAUAUUACAACGACUGGCUCAUAUUUGUAUGGGUGGAAUCUUGCAAACUGAAUUAAGACCCACUUCCAGGCAACCGAUUAAGCUGAAAUUUCGCAAACACAUGUGAUUUGGAUGACCAUGCAAUAUUAUGAUGACAUGGAGCUGAUCUGAUGAUGGAGCUGGAAGGUGGCCAUAGGAACUCUAUAAUAAAACGACUUAAAUGCAUCGAGUUUGGGCUCGUUCGUUUUGUAUUGAUGAGUAUUUUAAUUCUAUAUAGUAAUCGGGGUCUAAUGAUGGAGCUGGAAGGUAAUUCGCAAUAAAACGACACAAUCGCAUCAAGUUUGGGUUUGGUUCAAUUUUAAUUUCUGUGAUGGGUCUGGGUGUUAAUAUGUAUAAUAAGUUUGUAUUUACAAAAAAAAAAUAUUUAAGUAUGUUUAUAUCCGUUUUCUAGUGAGCGGACGCUGUGAAUGUACGUCACACGGGGUCACGUGACCGUCGGCGGGACUCAAUAUUUAAGCGAACUUUGAAUGCCUAUAAAAUCAUAACUACUGGGUAUUUUUGAAUGAAAUAAAAACUAAUGUAUUUGUAAAUGUAAAAGCUUAACUGUAACAUAGGUUUCAAGUGAUUUUGCAUACCUAGUAACAUUCUCAAUUAGUACCUACUACCAAAUCUCGCGUAGCAAAGAUAUGCAAGCAUGGGGCAUGUAUCGGACAUGUGAGGGGCGUAUAUUUGCAUGAGACGGGCCGAAUGUGUAAAAUCAAAAGACAUCUUUAUUUGUGUGGACUAAUUGAAUUAGUACCACUGAAUAAUUAGUACCCAGUACCAAAUUGUGAAAGUAUCUUGCUCUAGGAGCCUUUACAUGACUCAUGAUUUCUUUGCCUUAUUAUGUUCUUGCCUCUCCACGUUUUCAUACCAGCCACAAGUCAAGUCACAAGUAUGUGAAUAUGAUUUUAAAACACAAAGAUUUAUUUGAUGAUAAAUACAGGCCUGAAGAUGACAACUAGAAUACUUGCGUACUCUAACAUGUUUUUUUUUUUUUUUUCAAAUAAUAAUAACUUAUUAAAAAUUGUACUUACUGGGUUGUAUUGUAAAUAAACUAAUGUUUUAAAAUAAUGCGAUUUUUUGACAAAACAAAUUAAGGUAGGUUAUGUGUGAAAAAUUACAAUAAAUCUUAAUGCGUUAAUCACCAAGUGGUAAAAAAACAUCAUAUAAAUACGUGUAUACGUGAAUCUGUUGUUCCUUUAUUUCCACUGCAAUGAUGAAAUACACAAUUAUUUUUUUUUGUGAUUGAUUUGUUUAAAGAUAGUAAAGAUUUUAUGUUGGAGAAGAACAAGACGUUGAUUUUAUUAUUGUCAUUUUCGAUGAUCAACGAUUUUCUCAGAAUGUUAUUUAAUGAUUUGUAAUUGGCUUCGUGAUUUCGACUUCCGUCCAUUGAUUUUAUUUCUUGAGAAUGAUUUUGUUGCAUUUACAGCUUUAUUGUUUGAAAAUUUAAUUUUAUCUGUUUCACGAAUAAUGUAUUAAAUGUAUAUGAUAAUAACAUACAAAGUUCAAUACGAGUAUUGAGACUUCGGCAGAUUUUCUUCAUCUUAAGCCAUACUUAACUAUUUUUAUUUAAAUACUAUUGUACCUAUUUAUCUGCCCAAAGUAAUGUAAAGUAUUGUUUAAAAUUAUAAUAAGUAUGUAUUUAUAAAUAAGAGAUUUACUUGUGUAUCUUAAUUAAUACUUUGCACUUUUAAAAUCAAAAGAACUGCAACCAUCUUAAUGAUGGUUACCAUGAGAAAUGUAAAAAAUAUUUAAAUAUCUACGAAUAAUUCUAAAAUCUUCAAGUCUUAAUAGAUCUGUCUUAAAUUUCUUCUUCAAGUAUGUAAAAUAAUAAAAUACCUAUUAUCUACCUAAGAUGUGAGUACAAUUCGGAAUGAUCAUUGUCGGGAUUUUCAAAGUGACAAAAUGUGUGAAUUUUAUGUCCUCAAUUUACAGGGUUAAUUUACCUACACCUGAAAUAUUUAAGUCUGUGGUUAUAUUUCGAAAAUUAUACAUUAAACUUCUAUGUAAUUUUAAUAUUAGUACACACUUAUUUGCUAAGUUAUUGCUUUAUCUAAAACUACUCUUACUCUAAACUAACUAAAUACUUUAAAGUUGCUAUGGUUUUACGCAUGUUUUACGUUCUAAAAUCGCAGACUUAAAUAUCAAGAAUACCUAUCUAUCG